UGCUGCAUUGUUUUUCAAAAUUGUAUGAAUAAAAUUUGAAAUAAUGGCACUAAUAUUACUCCCUAAGUUUCUAAUUCAAAAAAUAUGACCAUUUUACGUUUUCCCAGUAAAGUGACCCAGCUCCGUCCCUCUUCUCCCUCGCGUGAAAAUCGAUCUUUCUUCUCCACAUCUCCUCCCGUCUUCUCCCAGACGUGAAAAAUCAAUCUUUCUUCUUCGCAUCUCCUUAGUCGCCCUCGCCCACUGAACAUCAGCCGUCAGCCAUCGCAACUCCGCAGUCGCCCAACGCACCGCCUCGGUCGCCCAGAUGCAUUACUUUUGCGUUCGAUUGAUUUUUGGAAUGAGGUUCUUAGAAAUUAGGUUAUGCUUAAAAAUCAAAAUCUUAAACUAGGAGGUUGGGUUUGCUAUUGAUACUGCUUGCGGUGGAGGACAGGUUAGGGGCGAAGAUGGAUGCCGAUUUUGGAAGACUUACAAAGGGAAUGAGAUAAUGGCAUCUUCGUGUUGUUAUUGUUGGGGACAAUUGUUAGGAUUUGUGGGAAAGUUACUAGACUGGUUGGGCCUUAAUUGAGUUAUGGUGGAGCAGGGGUGGAGCAAACACUGUGUGUGGGGUUCGGGAGGUGGGGCAGUGGCAGUCCUGGGUUACCUGAGUAAGGUGCAGCUGCUGCAAAGGCUGGGAGGGGCUGCUUUGUGGCAGCCGCAGGGGAGGGGAUACGGGAGGGCGAGUGAAUGGGAAGGGGACACAAGCAGUGUGUGGGGGUGGGGUAGUGGUGGUCGGACAUGGACUGGGGAGUCGUGGUCAUGCGGGGAGGCGGCGGUAACUGACCGGAGGGCGGUGGCCGUCGGCGGCGGUGGCUGGAUUACUGAGAUGUCACUGUAGUCACAGGUUGGGCCAUAUAUCACUACAUAAAUGUCAAUGUGGCGUUGUCACUACAGAGGUGUCACUGUGGCCGGCGGCGGCAGUGACACGGGACGGCAGUGGUAGUGACACGGGCGGCGGUGGAGUGACAUCCAAAAUUAAAUAUCGACAGUGACACUCGGCAGUGACAUGAAUAAUGGACAGUGACAUGAAAAAGACGGCGUCACUAUGGCGGUGUCACUAUGACAGUGGCGAUGUCAUUGGCGCGGAAAAAUUUGAAGAUGACGAUUCUUAGUUACAAAAAAAACGAACACAGUGACAUAAAAUUUUUACAGUGACAUCAUGUUUCUAAUUCC